GUGAAGGCGGGCCAGCCCAGCUCCAGCUCCGGCGGCUCCAGGUCGGACAUCUCGGGGAAGUAUGUGACCGAGGAGCAGUCCAGGGAGCCCCGCAGAGACGUCUCCAGGUCCUCCCCGAGCAGGGACGCCCCGGCCGGGGGCACGGCGGCGCCGCCGAGCCGCUGCAGCUCCUCGUCCGAGAGGAAGUUGGGGAUCCGCUCCGCCCGCAGGAAGCCCGUGAAGGCUGCGGGGCCCCCGGACAGCAGCUGCUCCAGGGCCAGCCGGUGCCGCUCGUCGUACACCUCCUGGAGGUCCAGCUCCCCGGCCCCGGCCGGCCUCGGGCCCCCCGGGCCCGGCCUCAGCGGGGAUUCGUCCAGACACUGGGAGAGCGCCAUCUCUGCGUAUACAGGUUUCCUGGGAGCGGUAAACUUGUCCAUGUGACAGGAUCAUAAAGUGGCAGAAGGCAUGAAGAAACACUGUGACACGAUAGUGGCUGGUCCAUGACGCUCGACCCCAUCCAGCCCCGCCCACUCUCCACCUGCCCUCCGCUCUCAUCACACCGGACAAGCAACCACUCACGCUUCCAUCUACACCCGGCUGCAACAUGGCCAGCAAGAGGAAAUCCACCGUGCCCUGCAUGAUACCAUCCAAGUCCAAACAUGUGCGUGAAGAAAUCAUCCUGGGCUCGCUCCCGGAGCUCCUCCCCACAAUCCCGGAGGACAGCAUCCUCAGCAUCUCCGGGGAGGACUCCGGCCACUUCUCUCACGGCUCCUCCAGGUCGGAGUCGGGCAGCGAGACGCAGAAAGGAGGUACGUACGGCUGCGUCACCUGCCGUUUCGAGUCCAGAGAUCUCAACUACUUCUUGGAUCACAUGCACAACUGCCACUUGGACUUCAGGGCCCAGCCCACCUUCUACUGCCUGAACUGUGGGGUGUCCGUCGUCCGCUUCGAGGCUCUCGCACUGCACAAUGCUAACGCCCACCCCAAGAUAAUGGAGGGCUUGGUCACGGCUUCUCUGAGCGUCAACAGAAGAGACGGGGUGACGACCGUGGAGCAGAGCCUCUUCGCGGACAGUGGAGAGGACUGCAGAGAAUCUGGGAUCUCCUUCACCAAAACGCCAAUCGCCAAGAUGAUGAAAGGCAAGGGGGAGCACAAGAAGAUAGUGGUUUCUCACACUGUGGAGGUACGGAAGCUCGACACUGGAAAGGACGUGGACCCCAGCAUGCUUACUAAUGUGCCUGAACUCCAAAACGGGGCUCUCAGUAUUUCUGGCACCCCUUCUAUGCCGAGGACCGCUGUCAGUCAUGUGAUUACGACAGUGUCCAACCAAAUCUUUCACCAGCACACUCCCUCCCUUUACUCCCCCUCCUCCUCCUCGAACUGUAAUAAAGAUCUUCCAAAAGUGAUGAUCCCUCUCAGCAGCAUCCCCACCUACGAUGCCGCCAUGGACACCAGCAGCUUUCUCAAGACAUCCUUUGGCAAGUUCCCGUACCCAACCAAAGCCGAGCUCUGCUACCUGACCGUGGUCUCCGAGUUCCCCGAGGAGCAGAUCAAACUGUGGUUCACCGCCCAGAGGCUCAAGCAGGGCAUCAGCUGGUCUCCCGAGGAGAUCGAAGAGGCGCGGCGGAAGAUGUUCAACACCGUGUUCCAAGGCGGAGCCCCUCAAAAGCAGCCCGCGCCGUCUAGGCAGGUGAAAAACAUCGUCAGCCACCACACCAUCACCGCUCACCCGGGCGCACGAGGACCACAUUUCCGGAUGGCCAAAGUUCCAUCGGGCAUAAAACCACCGCCCGUCAGAGUCAUCGCCACGCAAGCCAGCAUGUCCAGCAACCCCAACGUCACCAGGCUCACGUACUCCACUCCGGUCGUCUCCCCAAAGUUCCCCUCCGUCGUCAGAGCAACGCAGGUCACAACCCAAAGCACUGAAGCCACUGUGGAGCCGGAGAGGAGCAACGGGCUGGACGUGGCCGGAGGGGUUGCCGGGGGCAACGGCAGCCGCUCCAGCAGCACCAAUGGUGUGGAGACCAACAGCAACGACGGUACCGCCACCUGCUCCGCCCGUAUCAGCAAUAACGGUGAGCACUGUGUUCCCGACGCCAAUGGCAGCAAACCAGUGACAAGUGACAGUUUACUACUCGGAUCAAACGUUGCAAACAGCGCCGCCGGUCCAGUGAUCGCCGGCAUCACCAGCAAACCCAACAACGCCUGCAACAAUCACAACGGCGGCGGCGUGAGCGCAGCAGAGCCGGGCCACGCCGAGAGGCCCGACGGGGAACUCAAGCCCACCCCGUACACGGACAGCAGCGGGGGGGUGAGUGAAGAGCCCGACUCCUCCUGCAGCGACAGCACCUCCAACCAGAGCCACGCCAGCACCUUCUCAACUGACAGCACCAGCACCACCGUCAUCACCAAAAGCACCUCGUCCAGUGUAGACGAGGGUAACGGUAAAGAGUUUCCCACCAAGGGCAUGUCCAUCCUGCAGCAGCUGAUCCGGGAGGAGGACCCGGUGGUGGAGGACCGGGGCGGCCCGGACCUCGCGGCCGAGCCCGUCAAGGUCAGCUUCAGGAGGCUGAAGAGGAGCGAACCCGAGACCACAUCUGAGACCGUACAUGAAGAACACAAGUCUGAGACGGACACGUCCUUCUCCCCGCCCUGGGGCGCCAAGACCCCCCAGCAGCUGCACGUCCUCCGGCAGGCCUUCUCCAGCGCCCGCUGGCCCAGCAGCCUGCAGUACGAGGAGCUGGGCAUCCAGACGGGCCUGCCCAAGUCCGAGGUGGUGCGCUGGUUCAGCGACAGCCGCUACAGCCACAAGAACGGCCAGCUGAAGUGGUUGGAGACGUAUCAGCGGCCCGCCGCUGAAUCCGAAGGCCCCGGGGGCCCCGAAGAAGCGGAGGCCAAGGCGCCCGUGGGGCCGCCGGCGGCCAAAAAGAAGCUGGUGGAGGAAGACGCCAACAAGCACCUUGAGAUGGAAGCGGGCCUGAAGUCGGGCCUGCAGGCGGGGUGGCAGGAUCCCUGCUCACCGCCGCCGGCUCCGGCGGGGUUCAGGGGCCGCGGGGAGCACGACCGAGCCGAGGAGUCGGCACAGGCGGGACAGGGGGGGUCGCAGGACCCCUGGUCCCAGGGGGCGGAGGACCACCAGCAGCCGGGGGCCAGUCAGUCGCUCAACGGACAGCAGGCCGACAUCAGUCAGGACAGGGACCGCCUGAGGAUGGAGCUGCUGGAGGUGUGACGGAGCAGGCCCGGGUCCCGCCCCACGAACCUGAUUGACACUUCCUGCUCUCCUGCCCACGUCUUAAGAUAAAGAAAAAAAAGAAAUAAAAAAAAAAAGAGAGAAGUGUGUUCAAAAUGACAGCAGAUGUGAUUGUAGCUGGACGGUUGGACUCUGACUGUAACUGUGAAUACCCCCCACCCUCCUCCUCCUCCUCCUCCUCCUCUUUUUCUUCUUCUUCUUCCAUCUGCCAUCACUUCCUGCCACCGUCAAAAAGAAAGAACUUCUCACCUCUGAGUCCUGUGAUGUUUCAGCCUUUCAUGCUUCUUUGUGGUUGUGUGGGGAGGGAUGCACAACGAGAUCAGCGCGAGGGAUCAAAGGAAAGAAAGAUGACACGCACACUGACUGGAAAAGUGACUUGAAUGAGCGAGGACAGAUUAGGAAGGGGCCGGGAGACGUCGUUCUCGGGCCACAGGGAGACAUAAGUAUAUGAUUGAAACUGCACUAUAAACGAGGGUUUGUACCGACUGGACAAAAAAAGAUGUGUCAAGGAAAUGUUACUGUUGGCUUUCUGAUAUUUUAUGUUUUUUUUUUGUUUUUUUUUUAGAGCAACCAGUACUUCAGCACUGCCUUGAACUUUAUUUUUUCCGUUAUUUGGUUUUUCAGUCCUAUUUACUCUUCUAUAGUCACUGUAAGUCCAAAUGAAAUCAAACUUCUUUAUUAUUUAGAUCUGUAUUAAUGUUGGUGAUCACUUUGCAGUUCAGCUACACGCAAGAGACUAUAUACGAUGCACUAAUGAAGACAGCGAUGCUCAAAAUCACCCAGCUUCACAGUAAAGGUAUUGACAGCUGUGUCCGGAUCGAUACACUACACUGCCCUGCAACCUGAACAGCAGCUGCCACGCUACCGUUGCCUUACUCAGCUCUGUCCGUGUGUUUAGAUGACGCGUCUGUCCAUCACCUCGCUUUCCAGCUACUCUGCUGUCCAGAGAAAAGAAAAAAAAGCGACAGUGCAUUGAUGGUCACUGUUGGUCUAUUAUCUGUGGAGAAAAAAAAAAAAAAAACUAAAAAAAAAAACCUUGCUGCUUUCUGUACACUUGGAGAUGUUUAAGCUGUAAUUGUAUCAAAUAUUGUUACUGGCAAAAACGCUGUUCAAAAGCAAAAUUACCGAUUUGAUCCAGAAACACUGACAGAGUGAGAUAUCGUGCUAGCUAGAGAGCCAAAUGGGGGGAGGCCUGCUCUCCUCUGACCUUUCUUGUUCCUGAACACACAGUCACUACAUGAAAGCUGCAUCUUUGUUAAGCUGCUAAUAGCUAAGAACGGUGCUAUACCAUCCAAAGUGAAAUUGGAGGUUCAUCUCCUACCAGCAGUGUAUGCACUUGUGUCGAAUGUUACAAAUUUAUUUUGGUUUAACAUAAAUGGAAUCUGGACUUAUGGUGUUAAUGAUCACUUAAACUUUUAUGAAUCAUAAAGCACUGUUGUAUCAUCCUUUCUACAGUUCUGAAUCUUUACAGAAUAAACUGAAUACUCACCAAGA